UUCAAGCCAGAAAAAGGCCUGCUAUUCUCUAUAAAGAAAAAGACUUGGUCCCAGUCGACUCUCUUUCUGCGCAAACGGUGGAGGAGGUUAGCAGUUUGGUAGACUUGGAAACGAGAUUUUUAAAGGUCGCCUGGUGCAAGAAAAGUUUAAAAAAAAAUAAAAUUUGGGAUGAUGAUGCCGUUUUGAUAGUUUUUGGGAAUCAAUUAUAUGAACUUCGAGCUGUUCCUAGUGGAGAAUUAUUAGAUAAAGGAAGAUUGCAAGCCUCCAUUUUCAAUAAUCCACUUUUUAUCGGAAAUACUUUUUAUACGAAAGAUAAAGAAAUUGAAAUACUUGAAAAACUCGAGAAAGAGGAUUUGCCUUAUGAAAUAAUAAAAUCUAAUGAAAGCUUUACGAAAUCCGUGAAAAAAUUUAACCCCGCUCUCCUUCGAAAACCUGCUUAUACUAGAAGGAAAUCUGGACUUUGUCAAUCACGUUAUUCUCGCGAAACUCCGAAUGCCUUUUUGCUGCCAGCGCCAAGUCAUUCUCAGCAGAAAAAAAAUUUGCAUGAUACAAAUCUCGAUGUUUUCAUUGAUCCUUUUCUCUUUGUAAAUUUAAGGAAACACCAAAUAGACGGAGUAAAAUUUUUAUAUUCUCGAAUGCUUGACGAAGGAGGCGCUAUUUUAGCAGACGAAAUGCACUUUUUAUAUAUAAGGGGUCUUGGAAAAACUCUCCAGUGCAUCACUCUGCUCUGGGUUAUGUUAAAACAAACUCCUUAUUACGGAAUGCCUCCUCUUGCUAGGAAAGUCUUGGUGGUUUGCCCAGCCAGCCUUGUUAAGAAUUGGCAAACUGAAUUCAAUAAGUGGCUUGGGCUGGAGCGGAUCCGGAUUUUUGUAGGGGAGAGUGCAACUAUAAAGGACUUUAUUCACGCACGUAUUUAUGAUGCGGGAAUAUUUAGUUAUGAAACGAUUUUAAGACAUUUCGAAAAAUCUUUAAACCUUCAAAUUGACGUUAUUGUCUGCGAUGAAGGUCAUCGUUUGAAAAACAAAGAAAUUAAGCUUUUUAAAUGCCUCAACCGUUUAAAUACUCGUCGGCGUAUAAUACUAUCCGGAACGCCCAUUCAGAAUAACCUUAAAGAAUUCUAUUGCAUGUGCGACUUUGUUAAUCCCGGCGUGUUUGGGUCGUACCCUGUAUUUCGCAAGCAAUAUGUAGAUCCCAUUGGCCUUAGUAAGCUGGCAGGCUGUACGCCUGAAGAGCGAAAUGAGGGCUUAAAAAAAGAAGCGGAGCUUUUUAGAUAUACAAGUUCUUUUAUGCUGAGACGCAAUAAAGAAGUUAAUAAUGACUAUCUUCCUCCUAAAGAAGAAUAUAUUGUCUUUUGCAAGCCAACUCCUAAACAGUUAUCUUUGUAUCAUCAAUUCCUCAAAGCAGAAAUUUCAACAGCUACUCCUUUAAAACUUAUAACAGUAUUGAAAAAUUUAUGCAAUUCUGUAAAUCUUUGCGCCCUUGCAAAGCCCCGCAAAGAGGAUGCAAGUAGGCUUAAGCCAAUUUUUACCGGUAAAAUUGAAGUUUUACUUCAAUUACUUGAAUACAUUAAGCAAAACACGAAAGAUAAAGUAGUUAUAGUGGCCAACUCUACAAAAUUAUUAGAUGAGCUUCAGAGUAUAUGCGACGAUAAGUGCUACCCGUUUAGCCGACUGGACGGAAAGACACCAGUCUGGAGGCGCCAGCAACAAGUCGCUGUAUUUAAUUUAUCAGCUUCCAAUGAGAAAUUUCUUUUUUUAUUAAGCGCGAAGGCUGGCGGUGCGGGGCUUAAUUUAUACGGUGCCAAUCGCUUAAUUAUGUUUGAUAUUGACUGGAAUCCUGCUAUUGACCAACAAGCAAUGGCGCGAAUAUGGAGAGAUAAGCAACUCUCUAAAGUUUAUAUAUAUCGCCUCCUAACAACGGGAACUAUUGAAGAAAAAAUUUUUCAACGCCAACUUUCCAAAGCUUCACUUGCAGUGAAUUUGAACGACUUUUCAUCGGCAAAAGGGCUUUUCACUUCAGAAGAACUUAAAAAUUUAUUUCAGCUUAACCUUACUACUAACUGCGAAACGCUUGAUCUUAUAAAAUUAAACGCUGAAGAUGAGUUCAGCACUUCUAAGGAUUUCCUGGGGUGGAGCCACUAUAGCAAUGCCGAUAAUAUUGAGGAUACCUGUUUGCAAAAUUGUUUUAAAAAAGGGAAAAUAACUUUUAUUAUUCAUUGUUCCUCGAAAAAUGAAAAAUAAUUAUUAA